GUUUCGGCGAGUAUAAUUUGUUUUUCUCAUUGGGAUUUAUAGAUUCUGUAAUUGUUUACUUGCAAAAGUUUGUAUUUUGGUGCAUCUUGUCAAUAAUUUAAGUACUCUGACUGUGUUUUGACUGUAUAGCAACCCAAAUAUUAUUCACUGGUUGGGCAGGGCUUCGCUAAUUUGUUUGUGUUCCGUCAUCGUGGUUUUGUUGGAUUGGACUUGUCUGUGCUAUUACGCCUCAUUUCCUUUUGUUUUUUUGCUUGAUCCUUUGUUUAGAUUCACAUAAUAUCAUUAUCUCUAUCUCUUUCUUAUGAAGGGGAAGAUACUGUCGCAACCUGUCUUGUUUUUGCAUUUAAUUUCAGUAUGGUAACUUGUCCUGAAAUGACAUUUUCGCUUAUGGGUGCUCAUUUGUAUUGAUUAAUUGUUGGCAGAGUCAAAGGAGAAUUUACAUCGAUUUGUUUGGAAUUGAAGAAGGCAUUGUGAUUUAUUUUUUUGAGAGGUAGUGGGAGGCAAUGUGAUUAUGAGAAUGGGUGCUGAACAAUGGACUACUUCUAACUGAUCAAUAUAAAGAUUUUUUUGUUUUUGAUGAUGGCCUCAAAAAGUGGUGGAAAACCUUCCCCUGAAUUGCAGCUGAAAGCUUUUGGUGCUUAUCAAACGGUAGAGCCAAAUGAUUGCAGCAAGCCUUUGCCUUUGUUGGUCUCGGAGAAAAGCAAGCCCAAGCUGGUUGCUUCUGGACAAUUACCCGAAUCUGAGCAAGCCACGACAAAACAGGUUAUCAUAGGCGCAUUGGAGAACAAAAAAUUACCGAAUUCUUCAACUAAGAACUCUGAUUCAAAUGUUUCUUCACUGAGUGUUGAACAAGCAUCAACAGUGGAAGUAUUUGUUGAUCAAGAGAAGAAAACAUCCGAGCAUGGAAGUGUGAAGAAUAGUUCGGUUUCUGCCAAAGUCAGUGAUGGGACCGGUAGUUUCGCCAAAACCAGUGGUAGUGCAAAAAUUAGUGAUCGUGCUGAUUUUGUGGAGAGUGGAAAGAGCAGUUUGUGUAGAGGAAGCACAAGCACUGAUGUGAGUGAUGAGAGCACAUGUAGCAGCUUUAGUACCAGCAUUAGCAAGCCCCACAAAGCAAAUGAUUUGAGAUGGGAAGCGAUCCAAGCUGUCCGUGCUAGUUCAAAAGAUGGGGCCAUGGGUUUGAGCCAUUUCAGACUGCUAAAGAGGUUGGGAUGUGGGGAUAUUGGAAGUGUCUACUUGGCGGAAUUGAGUGGAACAAAGUGUUAUUUUGCUAUGAAAGUCAUGGACAAAGCAUCUCUAGCAAGUCGUAAGAAGCUUCUUCGUGCUCAAACAGAGAGAGAAAUACUGCAAUCUCUGGACCAUCCCUUUCUUCCAACUUUAUACACACACUUUGAGACGGACAAGUUUUCAUGUUUGGUGAUGGAGUUCUGCCCUGGAGGAGACUUGCACACUCUUAGGCAGAGGCAACCGGGGAAGCACUUUACUGAGCAAGCAGUGAAAUUUUACGUAGCAGAGGUCCUCCUAUCGCUGGAAUAUCUCCACAUGCUCGGCAUUGUCUAUCGUGACCUUAAACCGGAAAAUGUCCUUGUGAGGGAAGAUGGGCACAUAAUGCUAUCAGAUUUUGACCUUUCCCUUCGUUGUGCUGUUAGCCCAACUCUUAUCCGGAACUCUUCCCUAGAGUCUCAGCCUCUGAGAAAGAAUCCUGUGUAUUGCGUCCAGCCAUCUUGUGUCGAGCCUUCCUGCAUCCAACCAUCUUGUGUAGUUCCCACAACAUGCUUUUCUCCUCGCCUUUUUUCUAGCAAGUCCAAAAAGGAGCGGAAACCCAAAAAUGAAAUUGGAAACCAAGUCAGCCCAUUACCCGAGCUUAUUGCCGAACCAACCAGUGCACGAUCUAUGUCAUUUGUUGGGACCCACGAGUACUUGGCUCCCGAGAUCAUUAAAGGCGAAGGUCAUGGGAGUGCCGUGGAUUGGUGGACUUUUGGGAUCUUUCUAUAUGAACUGUUAUUCGGUAAAACUCCUUUUAAAGGAUCAGGGAAUCGAGCCACGUUGUUCAAUGUUGUGGGUCAGCCUCUUCGAUUUCCGGAAUCUCCGGUUGUGAGUUUUGCUGCAAAGGAUCUGAUUAAGGGAUUGCUGGUUAAGGAACCGCAGAACAGAUUGGCAUAUAAAAAGGGGGCUACAGAGAUUAAGCAACAUCCAUUCUUUGAAGGUGUGAAUUGGGCUUUGAUUCGAUGUGCUACACCGCCGGAGAUCCCAAAGCCAGUUGACUUUGAACGAAUGCCGGCCCCACCGCCAGCAUCAACCAGUGAAAAGAAUAAUAUGAUUGCAGCAGCUGCUCCUGAUCAAAAAAGUUCCGAUAAUUAUCUUGAGUUUGAUUUCUUCUAGAGAUAUUAGCAUCGAUUGAAUACAUUUGUAUUUAUUUUAAGGGGGAACCAUGUUCUAGACAAGCUCUCGUGGAUUUUUAGUGGUGAGGAUGGAGUAUAUUAUUCCUGGAUGGUGAAAAUGCUAUGUCUGUUGUUGCUUCUUGUAACAGUUUCAAUCUGUAUUGCAUAUUCAUUGCUUGAACAACCUUAGUGUCAGAGUACCAGAAGCAUAUCGAGCACCAGAACUUUGUUUGGGGCAAAUGUGGAGCGAUGUGGAGCAAUCAAUCGUUAAAUGCUGGAUGAUGAGCUUAACAGAGGAAAACUAAUUCUCCAGAAUUCAAUGUGAAUGACGCAGAUUCACCAUCUUAUUUGUAUAUUUUCACAGCAUUUUUGUUUAGGCAAUGUUUUUCAUUUUAAGAUGAUGUAGCACCAAAACAUAAAUGUAGCCCUUUUGAGUUUUGAAAGGUUUAAAUAUAUGUAUGUAUGUGGUGUUUGUGCCUC